AUGCCCAUACUUUUACCACAACCAACCGAAACUGAUUUCAAAGCUCGAUCAGUAGAAUUUUGGGAGAGGUGGAAUUUUCCAAACUAUGUGGGAGCCAUAGAUGGGAAGCAUGUCCGUGUUGUAUGUCCAGAAAAGUCAGGAUCUCUUUACUACAAUUACAAAAACUAUUUUUCGAUUGUUGAUGCCAAGUUUAAAUUUUUAGCUAUUGACGUAGGGUCAUAUGGGAAAGAGGGAGAUAGCGGAACAUUUUCAAAAUCUGCAAUGGGAAAACGGAUUUACUCAAAACAAUUUGGAUUACACGAAAAUACUCAACUCCCUGGUUCUGACAAAAGUUUACCAUACGUCAUAGUUGGAGAUGAAGCUUUCAAGUUAAAUACCCACAUUAUGAAACCUUACAAUAGAUCGCAAGCCAAGGAAGAUUUUGAAAAACAAAUCUUUAAUUAUAGAUUAUCUCGAGCAAGGCGCGUGUCUGAAAACGCAUUUGGACUUUUAAGUCAAAUAUUUAGAGUUUAUUACACACCUAUCGCAAUCAAGCCGGAAACUUGCGAUUUAUUAAUAACUGCUACAUGUUGUUUGCAUAAUUUAAUUCGCGAUUUUAGAUAA